AUGGGCGCGCUCGGGGCACGAGGGCUGCUGCUGCUGCUGCUGGUGGUGGCGGUGGGGGCGGGGGCGUCGCGCCUCCGCGUGGCCACGGGCCGAGGCGCCGGCUGCCGCUGGCGCGCGUCGCUGGAGGAGGGCCGCGGCGCGCGCGUGCACGAGGAGAAGGUGCCGUGGCGGGAGGCGCGCGCGGCGUGCGAGGCAGAGGGGGCGCACCUGGUGGUGAUCAACUCCAAGGCGGAGGCGGAGGCGCUCAGGGGCGUCCUGCAGGAGAAGUUGGCGACGGACGAGGAGCCCGAGUACGUUGUCCACGCGGGCUUCUACGCCGACCUGGUCACUGUCACA